GCCGAGCCCGCCGGAAGUCGGGGAGCCGAGGUGCGCAUGCGCAGAGGGCUGCCGGGGUUCGCGAGGAUGCCUGCCCAGAAGCUCCAGCCAGAAGGAAUCCUUCAAGCCCAGAAAUUUGAUGUCAGCAGCAGCAGCAGCAGCAAUGCAAGUAAUGGCCAAGCAGAUGAAGCGAAUAAACCAGGGAAUGAUUGGAUGCCCCGUGAAUAUCAUAUGGGGGACCACGGGGAGGGCCGGGCCUUGGAGAACAAAGCACCAUCAGCGGAGACUUCUUUGGGGACCCUCCGAAAGGGGCCGACGCUGCUAAUCGACCGGCAGCAGAUUCAGUCCGUGGCCCCCAAGGACCAAGCACUUGAGCUCAGAGGCUUGCUGGGAGUCGAGGUCUACGACCAAGAGGUCUUGGAGCAUGGAGUCCUUCAGCAGAUAGACAAGGCGAUCGGUGAAGCCACUGAAGGGCGUCCAGUUCAUGAUGCCGCUGAAACAGGAGACCAGGCUGAACUGGAAGAUGUGGGACCAUGUACAUCCUCUCCAAAACCAUCUGCUACAAACCAUAUGGAGCAAAUUAGACCUCAGACUGCUGCUAAUAAGGAUAUCAGUAAAAAACUGGAUUCUGCAAAAGAACAAAACUGCAACAAAGAGCAAGAGUUUAAAAAAAUGAAAACGAAACAAAAACACCUUCAAAAUGCUGGUGAAGAGGAAAAUCCUGAUGAUGGGACGGUUGGAGUUGCUGCUGCAGUUGGAGAAUAUGAAGCAAAGGAAUCCAGGGAUGAGUUUGGGGGCCAUUUUGCUCCUGGUCCUUCAUCCCUCGGAAGGAUGUUUAUGUCAGCUCAGGAAGAGACGGAAUGGGAGAAGCUCAUCCGAACUGGUCAGAUGACUCCCUUUGGGACGAAAAUGCUUCUGAAAGAAGAGAGGAAGCCCCGUCGGAUAAUGUUGAACGAAACGUCGGGUUUUGAAAAGCUUUUGGCAGAUCAGGCGAAGCUCCUGUUCGAGAGGAAGAAAACCCUGUUUCGUAAGGGGGCCCGUCAGAAAGCGCCCUUGGAGGGUAGCCAGACCAAAUCCCCAGCCUCCCUCACCAAAAGCAAUAGGAGCAAAGGCCCACCGGAAGCUCUGCGGCAGCAGCAGGCUCUCUGCCUUCAGUCCAAAGCCCAGCCUCCCCAGGCUGGGGAGUCAGAGAAGAGGGGACAGCAGGAGGAUUGGGAGGCCUCUGGAUGCAGGGGGUCUCGUGAAGACCUCAGCCGUUCUGAGGAAGAGUUUUUUCAAGAGGGUCAGGGUGUGAAUCAUCCCGUGUCCAGGGAAGGCCCACUGAAGCAAGAAGACGACUCAGAUGAUGAUUUCUUCCCAAGCUAUUCUGAAGAAGAUGAAGACGAAGAAGAAGAGGAUGUUAUUGGGAAGGCGAGAAUAAAGAGAUACAAGGAUGAUGGCAAUGAAGAUUACUAUAAGCAAAGGUUAAGGAGGUGGCACAGACAGCAACUAACUGACCAAAAAGGGUGUCAGAGCACGGCCAAAGAGUCUGACGAAAGCGAUGCAGAAUUUAUUGAGGGUUUUAAAGUUCCAGGUUACCUCUUCAAGAAGUUGUACAAGUACCAGCAGACAGGUGUGAGGUGGCUGUGGGAGCUGCACUGCCAGCAGGUAGGAGGCAUCCUGGGAGACGAGAUGGGCCUGGGCAAGACCAUCCAGAUAAUUGUCUUCUUGGCAGGCCUGAGUUACAGCAAGAUCAGGACUCGCGGCACAAAUUACAGGCACAGAGGGCUGGGUCCCACGGUGAUUGUGUGUCCAACCACCGUCAUGCAUCAGUGGGUGAAGGAGUUCCAUGCCUGGUGGCCGCCGUUUAGAGUUGCAGUUUUACACGAGACCGGCUCCUAUGCUGAUAAAAAGGUAAAACUGAUUCGUGAAAUUGUGGCCUGCAAUGGAAUCUUGAUAACGUCCUAUUCUUACAUUCGCUUGUUGCAAGACAACCUUCAGAGGUACAACUGGCAUUAUGUGAUUCUGGACGAGGGACAUAAAAUUCGGAAUCCCAAGGCUGCAGUUACACUGGCUUGCAAACAGUUCUCCACUCCUCAUCGGAUCAUCUUGUCCGGGUCACCUCUGCAAAACCACCUCAAGGAGCUGUGGUCCCUCUUUGACUUUGUGUUCCCAGGGAAGUUGGGGACCCUCCCUGUCUUCCUGGAGCAGUUCUCGGUCCCCAUAACAAUGGGGGGAUAUUCCAAUGCCUCUCCGGUCCAGGUGAAAACUGCAUACAAGUGUGCCUGUAUUUUACGGGAUACGAUUAACCCCUACCUGCUGCGCAGAAUGAAGGCAGAUGUUCAGAUGAGCCUCUCCUUGCCAGAUAAAAAUGAGCAGGUCUUAUUUUGUCGAUUGACAGCUGAACAGCAACAACUUUACAAAAAAUUUAUCGAUUCCAAAGAAGUCUAUCAGAUCCUCAAUAGAGAAAUGCAGAUUUUCCCAGGACUGAUAGCCCUAAGAAAACUGUGCAACCAUCCUGACAUCUUCUCCGGUGGACCUAAGAUUCUGAAGGGGACCCCCGAGGAAGACUUAAAAGAAGAAGACCGAUUUGGGUUCUGGAAACGUUCUGGGAAACUGAUAGUUGUGGAGUCCCUGCUGAAAAUCUGGCACAAGCAGAGCCACCGGGUGCUACUCUUCACCCAGUCCAGGCAGAUGCUGCACAUCCUUGAAGUGUUUUUAAAGCAAAGAAACUACUCCUACCUCAAAAUGGACGGCACCACCACUGUGGCCUCGAGGCAGCCUCUAAUUGCCAGAUUCAAUGAGGAUGUGUCCAUAUUUGUCUUUCUCCUUACUACUCGAGUUGGUGGGCUUGGGAUUAAUCUGACAGGCGCAGACCGGGUGAUCAUCUAUGACCCUGACUGGAAUCCCAGCACAGACACUCAGGCUCGGGAACGCGCAUGGAGGAUUGGCCAGACCAGAGACGUGACUGUGUACCGGCUUCUCACUGCAGGGACCAUUGAGGAAAAGAUUUACCACAGGCAAAUAUUCAAACAGUUCCUGACAAACAGAAUUCUGAAAGACCCAAAGCAAAGGCGUUUCUUCAAAUCCAAUGACCUCUACGAGCUCUUCACCCUGAGCACUCCGGACGGAGCCCAGGGGACGGAAACCAGCGCCAUCUUUGCAGGAACCGGUUCUGAUGUCCCAGCACCAAAGCGGCCGUUGAAGCGUCACAGUGCCAAUAUUUCUGAAUUUUCCAAAAGACGCCACGCGAAGCUGACCUCCAAGCAGUCCGAUUCCUUCAUAGCAAAGAAACAUGAAAAUGCAGCCCUUGCAGCAGGGGAACCAGUCGAGAGAGACUCAGGGACAUCCCCUCCUCCCCUGCCAAAAGACCCCGCCCAAACUCCCCCUGCCGAUACAGAUUUGUUCCUGAGGACCAGAGAGGAGCCUUCAGGGGUGGUGGAGGAGCCCCUGUCACAGCUGGGCGGAGGAGGAGGAGGAGCACUGAAGGGAAAGGGCCGGGCAAUGCCGGUUGGCAAAGGCAGGAUAAGCCAGGAGAGGCCAGCUUCCAGGGAACAGCAGGACCAUCAUCGGCUGCUCACUAACCCCAGGGAGCCCACGUCAGCCCUGGAGCCUGGCAAGGGCCAACGGAAGAGGCCCAAACGUUCUCGAGAUGCCAGAUUUGAGGGGGUGCCGGUUCCCCACCUGGUGAAGCAGAGAAAGUACCAGAAGGAAGAUCGUGAGGAGCUGCAAGAGCCAACGAAAAGCGACGAUUACGUUUUGGAGAAGCUUUUCAAAAAAUCAGGAAUACACAGCAUAAUGAAGCAUGAUGCCAUAAUGGAAGCUUCUAGUCCAGAUUACGUGCUGGUGGAAGCAGAGGCCAAUCGUGUGGCUCAAGAUGCCCUCCGAGCCUUGAAGGUUUCUCGACAACGAUACCGGGGAGCUGCUUCCACUUGGGCUGACAGCGCCGCAACCAGGUUAAAAAGCAGAUUUGGCCAGAAGAAGAACCCAAAUUUCAUGGUAUCGUCUUCUUCCUAUCAGGCUUCAGGAAAAAAGUGCAAGCUGAAACAUGAGCAACUCAUAGUGAAUGAGGGUGAGAAAGAGAGAGGAGAGCCUGCCAGUAGUAGAGUUUCUCACUUCGAUGGAGAGUCCUCUUCAAGCGCGCUGGACUCCUCUUCGUUGCUGGCCAAAAUGAGGGAGAGGAAUCACCUGACUGGAUCCCAACAGAGGGAGGAUCCAGCUGAGGGGAGUUUUCAGCACAGGAUCCCCGGGGCCCCCGCAGCUACACAGCACGAUGAGCUACUCUCGGACAUCCAGAGCUUCAUGGCUUUCCAGGCCCAGCUGCCAGGCCAGGCCAGCACUCGGGAAAUCCUGCAGGAAUUUGGGUCCAAGCUGACCACGGAGCAGUCCUGCGUCUUCCGGGAACUUCUGAGAAACCUCUGCACUUUCCACAGGCAGUCGGGAGGCGAAGGGCUUUGGAAGCUCAAAGAAGAAUUUACCUGACCUUACCUGACUCUCUUGCUGGGGCUUUUCAGCAGCAUAUUGUGUCUUGGGGCAUGUGCGUGUCCUCUCCUACACAAAGAGUGCCACCGACCUUACAAAGCAGCCGGACGUUUUCCUUAUUUAAGGGAGAAUUAAAGUGGAUCUUAAAAUGGAUUACUAGUAAGCUUUCUGGUAAAUCAUGCAAUAAAAAUCUGAAAGAGCAAGCUGUAUGUCUAAAUAGAC